AUGACAGGUAAUAAGACAAGUAUAUUUAAAGGUAAUGAGCCAAAGGAUAGUAAUCAAACAAAUAGUCUUGAUGAAACAAAGUAUGACUCUACAAAUAAGACUGUAUCACUCAUUGUGAUCGGAUGUGGUAGUAGAGGUUAUGUCUACACUCUAUACGCUGCUGAGAAGCCAAAUAGAUUAAAGGUGGCAGCUGUAUGUGACCCUAUCAAGUUCAGAAGAGAGAAGAUGGCCAAGGACUUCUCUUUGGACAGCAGCAUGAUGUAUGAUGAUUGGAAGGCGAUUGCUGCAAAGGACAAGUUUGCCGAUGCAGUACUCAUUGCAACACCAGAUCAAUUGCAUGCCGAACCAACUAUUGCCUUUGCCAACAAAGGUUAUCACAUCUUGGUCGAGAAGCCAAUGGCUGUGUCACAGGAGGAUUGUGAUAGAAUGGUGGCCGCUGCCAAGAAUAACAAUGUUAUCUUUGCAGUUUGCCAUGUUCUAAGAUACACGCCAUACAACCUAAAGAUCAAGUCAUUGAUUGAGGAAGGCUAUAUUGGUGAGGUGAUGAAUAUCCAACACCUGGAGCCCGUUGGAUACUAUCAUCAGGCUCAUUCAUACGUCCGAGGCAACUGGAAACGUGAAGAUACCUCAUCAUUCAUGUUGAUGACCAAGUCCUGUCAUGAUCUGGAUCUUAUCAAUUUCUUUAUGAACAAGAAGUGCAAGAAGAUAUCGUCCUUUGGAUCGCUCACACAUUUCUCCAAGGAGCACAAGCCAGAGGCUGCUGGAGAUGCCAAGAGAUGUCUAGAUUGUAAAAUUAAUGACGUGUGUCCAUAUUCUGCCAAGACAAUAUACUUGACACAUUAUCCUUGGAAGAGAGAUUGUCUUGUUCCUGACAAAGAGCCAACCAAAGAGAAUGUCAGAGAUGCCCUUAAGGAGGGACCUUAUGGAGUAUGUGCAUAUGAGAGUGACAAUGAUGUAGUCGAUCAACAAGUUGUCAACAUGGAGUUUGAGGGCGGCAAGACUUGCUCAUUCUCAAUGGUGGCAUUCACUGAAGAGAUAUGUGUCCGAAAGACAAGGGUAUUCGGUACACAUGGUCAACUGGAUUGUAAUGGACACACGAUCAUUUGGGAUGACUUUAGACAUGGUGACAAGGAGAUAUUCAAGCCAGAGCUGGUCAGUGGCACCAAGAUGACAGGUCACAACUGUGCCGACUAUUACCUGAUGCGAGCAUUUGUUUAUGCCGUAGCCACCAACGACCCAAGUCAGAUCCUGUCCGGUCCAGACGACACACUUCUCAGUCACACCCUUGUGUUCAAGGCUGAGCAAGCAAGACUUGAGAAUAGAGUAGUAAUGCUC